AUAUAUCAUGCUUGAGAAAUAAGAGUGUUGAUAUGAUAAUUGAGUGUGACUGAGAGGCUUAGAAGGAAGAGAGGUUGAAGUGAAGGAAGAAGCGAAGAGGUUGUUUGUUAAGGAGAGAAGAUUCAGAUUAGGGAUUAGGGUUUAGUUUCAGUUAAGGAAGCGAUGGAAGCGGCGGUGGUGGACGUCGGUUCUAAGCUUCUCAAAGCCGGUUUUGCAAUUCCCGACCAGACUCCGGCCAUGAUAAUUCCCACUAAAAUGAAACAACUGCUUGAUGAUGGAUCGGCCACUGAUAGCUCACUGGCUGAAAAUGUCACUGUUGAUCCAGUUGUGCGGGGAUUUAUUAGAGAUUGGGAUGCCAUUGAGGAUUUGUUGCAGCAUGUUUUAUAUACUGGUCUGGGAUGGGAAAUUGGCAAUGAAGGUCAAAUACUCUUUACAGAUCCACUUUGUACCCCAAAGGCCAACAAAGAACAGUUGGUGCAAUUAAUGUUUGAAACAUUCAACAUAUCAGGGUUUUAUGCUUCAGAACAAGCAGUGUUAUCACUGUAUGCUGUGGGACGUAUCUCAGGCUGCACUGUUGAUAUUGGACAUGGAAAAAUAGAUAUUGCACCAGUAAUUGAGGGUGCUGUUCACCAUAUUGCCUCAAGAAGAUUUGAAUUUGGAGGUAUUGAUCUAACUAAUUUCCUAGCUCAAGAACUAGGCAAGACCAAUCCAAAAGUAAAUAUCAGCCUGUCUGAUGUGGAGAAAAUGAAAGAGCAGUACUCAUGCUGUGCUGUAGAUGAGUUAGCUUAUCAAAAGACCCAAUAUUUGUGUCCUGUGGAGGAGCAUACCCUUCCUGAUGGACAGGUGAUAAGAAUUGGGAGAGAAAGAUUUACGGUCGGGGAAGCUUUAUUCCGGCCAUGUCUAUUGGGUUUAGAGGCUCAUGGCAUUGUUGAUCAGCUUGUCCGUGCUAUUUCAACUGUGUCAUCUGAUAAUCAACGACAGCUGCUGGAGAAUACGGUGGUUUGUGGUGCCACUUCAUCUAUGGCAGGUUUUGAAGAGAGAUUUCAAAAAGAAUCUAGCUUAAGUUCAUCUGCCGUUCAACCUACCCUUGUUAAGCCUCCAGAAUACAUGCCAGAAAAUUUAACCAUGUAUUCUGCAUGGGUGGGAGGUGCAAUACUUGCGAAAGUCGUUUUCCCUCAAAAUCAGCAUAUAACCAAGGCAGACUAUGAUGAAACCGGACCUUCCAUUAUUCACCGGAAAUGCUUCUGAAAUUAUUCAUCUCCAGGAUUUCAACAAUUGUUUAUUCCGCUGCUUGUACCGGUACUGUAACAUAUCGUAUCCUGUAGAUUUUAAAUGCUUGAUGUCCAUGUGCGUGUAUAUUGUAAAAGCUGUAGCAAUCUCCAUUAAGGCAAUCUUCUCACUUUUUCUCCCCUCCAAAAAAAUUCUUCUCACCAUCGUGAGUUCCUAAGUUGCAGUAGAAGAUUUCCAUGAAUACUUGUUCCUCAGAAAUGUAUAUAUGUGGAAGCUUGCAUAUCUUUUGCAAUGUGGAUAUCCUUGUAAAAUAUUCAUUUCUUUGUAACCUUGUAGGCUGUGGCUACUGGCUACAUCCCUUCUAGUAGAACCCCUUGUUCCUAUAAUAGUUUGUAUUUUAUGGAUUACUAACAUUCUCUUUAAUAAUGUUUUGCUAAAUAGUUUAAAAGGAAAUUAUAUGCAAGGCUUCUUUACAACUUUCCCAUCGUGACUGCAGUACCACAGCUGUUAUAACUUUACUAUGGUUUCAUGCAAUAAGUGCUGUAAAAUGAGAUUGUAAGAUUGGCUUGACUUGCACCUAAAAAUGCAUCCACGUCCCAAGCACUACCUUCUGCUACUAAUUUCUUAUUAGAUCUUGUCCAACCCAAUAUUUGAGGGCCCCUCCACAUCAUCUUAUACUCGUACAACCAGAAUGAAUUCGUUUCUCUUUAUUACUCAAUCCAUCGACCUUGCUUCGUUUUCUAACGUGUCUAUCACACCAUUGUAAAGUCUGGUUCUAGUAUUCUACCAAUAAAAAAGUAUUCCACAUUC